AUGAUGAUUGAGAGAGCAUUUUGUGAUCUUGGUGCAAGCAUAAAUCUGAUGCCUCUGUCUUUGAUGAGGAAGCUUCAGAUUCAUGAGUUGAAGCCUACAAAGAUAGCCCUUCAAAUGGCGGAUAAAUCUAUUCAGCAAGCACUCGGGGUUGUAGAGAAUGUAUUAGUAAAGGUGGACAAAUUUUUCCUCCCAGUUGACUUUGUCAUCCUAGACAUAGAGGAAGAUGACAACACUCCCAUUAUUCUAGGGAGACCCUUUUUAGCCACUGCCAGGGCAUUGAUAGAUGUCGAAAAAGGAGAAUUAAUGCUAAGGGUGCAUGAUGAGCAUAUAGUGUUCCAUGUCUUCAAGAAUUUGCAAGACUCCACCCAAGAGGAAGAGUGUAUGAAGAUUGAUUCCAUAGAUCCAAACUUGAAAGAGGCACCUGAUGAGGCACUUUCAAGCUCAUGCUGGAAAGAAAAUGAAGAGGUGGAGGUGCUACAACAAGCUCAAAGAAUAGAGGAGAAGCUGCAAUCAAAGUCAGCAGUUAAGAUUCAUAGCAAGGACAGUCCAAAAAUUGAGAUCCCAAAACCUGAACUAUCUCCUGGAAAAGAAGAGAUGAACAAAAUCCUCUCACUUGAACAUGUGGAAAUCAUCAAGAAUGAUACUGGAAGGAAGCUCACGGUGAGAGGGGAAGGAUUAAGGCACUAUGAUCAUCAUCCGCCCUAA